AUGUUUUCCUUUUCUCAUCCUUGGGAUCAACGCCAUGAUAUUUCCUUUCGAGUUAUUAAAAAACCUGGAUUCCGCAGUGAUACGCAAGCCAAAGUUUCCACCCCACCCCAACUCAAUCUUCGUUUUCCCUUCGGUCCUUUCCACCACAUUGAAGCGCAUCAACAGUCCCCCGUCAAGCGCCCCGUGGCGUUUCUCAUCGCGCAGCACAUACCGUCCUUGUCGUUGUUGCAUUGCAGUUGCAGUCGCUGUUUCGCCUACAAGAGCCCCAAGGUCACUCACUUUGUUCCUACACGCCGCAGCAUUGCCAAUGAUAGUUGUGACACUCGCAGCUCAUAG